AUGGACCUGCAAGAUACACCUUCCAACUUCAAGGAGUUGAUGGGCUUUGAUGUAGCUAAUGAAUAUGUUCAUGAAGACCAGGAAUACUCUGGUGGAGUGCCUAACAUUCAAGUGGGUUUUUAUAUCUCGUUGUAACUUUAUGUAAGGUUUAUAAGGAUGCUAGUACACUGUGUUUUAUGAAUUAUGUUGUUUCAGAAGCUUGGCAAGAACAACAACACGCUACCAUUAUGGGGAAAUAUGACGACGAUGAACAUGAACACGUUGUUGUUGGAAAACAUUGUUCAAAGCGCGUAUUAUAAGAAUGUUCUGACGGAGCUCACAACUUUUCAGCAGCUUGUUGAACAGAUUUUGCACAAGGUAAAUUGAUUUAAGUUUUUCUAUAGUUUUUUUUGUAUUUUAGGUAACACAUUUAGAGCCCUGGGAGCGUGGAACCAGAAAGACCUUUGGAAUGGGUGGAAUGUGUGGUGGAGUCCGAGGAGUUGGUGCUGGAGGUGUGAUAUCGACAGUGUUUUGCGUCUUGUACAAGUUGUUUGCUAUCAAGUUGACCAGGAAGCAGCUCGUAUCAAUGAUUAACAGUACUCAAUCUGUGAUGUUGAGAGGCGUUGGAUUCUUGUACAUACGAUACACACAGCCGCCAACUGAUUUCUGGGCGUGGUUUGAACCUUAUUUGGUAAGUUUUUUAGGACAAAUCGCGAUUACACAGAAUUUCUAGUAUUUUAAGCCUUUAUGGAGUAUAUUAUAUUUUUUGUUACAGGAUGAUGACGAAGAAUUAGACCCAAAAGCAGGAGGAGGAGAUUACCAAACAAUUGGCGAUGUUGUGAAGACUUUCCUAACUAGACUUGAAUGGUACGGGACAUUGUUUCCUCGUAUUCCAGUCCCAAUUCAAGUAAGUUUUGGUUUUUAUAUUUCUAGAGACUUUAGAUAUAUAAAAUGUAUUUUAUAUAAACAUUGAUUGUUGUUAUAUUUGUUUUGACUUUAGAAAGACAUAGACGCCAAGCUUCAUCCAGGAAGGACAGUGUACCGUGAACCAAGAACAGAAUCUUCUUCACGGAGGAGAGAUGUUACUGACAGGCCUAUCAAAAAGACCCGAUGUGGACAUCACCUAAGACAUCAUCAUUGUAGGAAACAUAAGAAAAGGUGUCCUACAAAGGCGAAGAAAGAGUCUCAAUGA